GUUAAACUAAGCGCUAAUUGGGAGGCAACCCAACAAAAAAACAAAAAAAAAACACAAAAAAAACAAAAAACAAAAACAAAAAAAGCACAAAAAAAAUCAUCUAAACUCAGGUGUCAUGCAUUUCCUACUCUCACAAGACGGUCCAUUCUGCUAUUGAAGUUUUCGUCCUCCAUUGUAUCCAAAAAUGUACAUUGAGGACAAUGUAUCUCAAGUGUGGGGGGUGAAUCUCAUGGUUAGUUAAACAAAUUUUGUGUGCAAAAUAAUUUUUUAGGAAGGUAAAACUUGUGAUAAUUCUCUUUUUAAUGGGUAUUUGGUUGAGAAAGUUUUGAUUAUUCACAUAAACUAUCAUUUUUUUAGAUUUAUUACACUACUCUUUACUCUUGAAAACCACCCAAAAAAAACUUGUGACUAGGAACACCACCUUCUUUCACUUCCAAAAAAAUGGUUUAAAAACAUCUCAAAUAUUCAAGAACCAUUUUGGAAAACAAGCCACCCCACAACUCAUCAAAUAAAUUGGGAUCAUCAAAAUGACUUUGAGUAAAUACUUGUUGAGAGUCCAUUCAGAUGAAAAAAAACUCAUGGUCUCUUCCAAGAAUUUCAACCGAUCCAUUUCUAUACUCAAAAGUCAAAUACACAAAAAAGCCAUCCUACACACCCAAAAAGUCCUAGUCACAGUCCACUCAUCUACUCUCAAGGGUAUAAGUAAUUUUUCUAAAUCUAAUGAUAGUUUUGUGUGUCUAAUAGAAAUUUUGUUUUGGACCGAGAAAGAUAAAAGAAUUUACAUGAGUUUUUACCUCUCUUAAAAUUAAAAUUAUUUUUGUUCAUAUAUUUUUGUUGAAACUAACCAAGACAUCCAAAGUUGAAGAAAUUGCUUGAGGACAAGCAACGCUCAAGUGUGGGGGGAUUUGAUAGACCUUAUAUUUACUUGUGUUUAACAUAAGUAUUUAUAAGUAUUUGUUGAAGAAAAGAAGAGAAAUCGGACAAAUACCUUCAGAAUGAGAGCUAAGACAUAAAACAUUGUGAUGAACGUUUUUUUAGACCAAGAGGAUGACGUUCUACCCAUAAUUUGAGUAUAACGUAUUGUAGAGAACUCGAAAUCACUCGAUUCGAAUUUCAUGUGAAUGUUAACUCAAUAAGGUACAAAUGUUAUGAAGACGUCAUGACCAAAAUAUGAAAGGAACAAGACUCAAUCAACCAACAAAGUCAGAUGUUGCUGGUGGGAUUUCAGGAUGCAUACCUCUCAGUGUUUUAGCCAUAACUUUUGAUUGGAUGAAUAAAAUCACGUCAUUCAAGUUUUGGCUCGAAUAGACUAAAAGAUGCCAUUAUUUAGCCUAUAUAAAGCCCUCAAUUCAUCAAGCAAUGACAUUCCAUUCCAUAGAUUAAAUCAUAGCUUUAUAUUUUUGUUCUUGGUAUUUUCUUCAAGUUCUUGAGGAGGAAACUUCAACCUCCGAAAUCAUUGGUGUUUAGGUAUUAUUUCCUUUGUAAUUUCAUGUUCCAUUACAUUUCAAUAUUGUUUGUUGAUUAAUAUGAGCAUUAGAGGCUAAUUUCUUAGCUAAGGCUAGGGAUGAACCUCUAUGCAUAUUAGGUGUUUGAUAAAAGUUCUAAACCAAUAAAUUGUGAUUUAUCCUUUAUAUUUUGAUUGUUUAUGACUAUGGUGUACAACAUAGAAGUAUGUUAAAUUUAAUUUAUGCUUGCAAUUAACGUUGAAGUCUAAACUAUGAACACUAAAGGAUAAACAUAUAUAGCACCGAGAAUAGAAAUAUAUCCGGUCUUAUAUGAUACGGGUGUGAUGUCUUGAUAUUCAACGGGGUUUUCGGUAGAUGAAUGUGAGCCGUAACGGGACUUACACGUAACGAAAACCACGCUCUCGCUGCCUUAACCGGAGUUGAGAAUAUAUUAGCGACAUCGUAUUCAUAAUUAUUGGAGAAGAACUAUUAUUAAAUAACUAUUAAAGCAUUUAGGUGAAUCCCGAUUGCCUUAGUAAUUCUCAUUCUUGUUUAAAUCAACAUCAAAGAACAAAGUUCCUAAAAAAAAUAUACCAUUUAUAUUCCUUUGCAUUCAAUACUCGACUUUAUAAUAUCAACCAUUUCCUUGUGGAUCGACCCGGUAUUUACCGGUAUUUUACCACUUCUAGCAAACUUUACUCAUUUAAGGGCUCACCACCCGACCAAUCAAGUUUGUAUGACUUGUUAUUGCUAGACAGUUCUCAUCAAAAGUAUUUGAUGAGUAUUGCAUAUUUAUCGAGAUCAAUGAAAAUCAUCUCACAUCCCGUGUAAAAAUAAAGUCUCACUAAAGCUCACAUCUAAAAGAAUAUAGAUGGUGAAUAUUAUAUCUACUAUGCGCACACGUAUAUAUAAUUAUUUCCAUGGGAUUAUGCAAUAUUGCAAGCACUCUUACACGUUUGUUUUUUUAAGACCGAUAGUAGACAACCACUUUUGUGUAUACCAGUUGGCGACUAGAUCUUAGCCUGAGAUGUUCUACUUAUGCAUAUGUGGUUGUUAAAUGUUGUGCCUAUUGCGCCUCCCACAGCGCACUAUAACCGGUUUUAAAAGACAAAUGAUAUUUAUGAUGGAUAUGAACCUCCAAUAAUAAUCCGCUACAAGCCUUAAUAGAUAAUGUGUACACCGCUCUGCGGAAUACCACCUUGACGAGACAAUUGAUUUUCCUGUCAUCAGGGGGAGAUUAGAGAAAGAAUUCUCUAAUUGAAUGGCUAAUCAUUAGAUGUAUAUGACUACUCUGUCUCACUGAUAAAUCUUAGACUUCAAAAUGUAACACGUGUUUAUCAAUUAUCAUAAAUGAUUUAAGUAAUCAAAUUGUAUACACUAGCUGCAAUUAUAUCUUUAAGGCUUGAAGUUCAAAUUAAAAGAAACAAUUCUAAAGGAACAAGCAUUGCAAUCACAAGCAGUGGGGUUGUGUUUGACGCCGUGGCUCUCUAAAGGAAUAGAGGGAAGUCACAUGGUUCGAUUAAUUAUCCACCCCAAGUAGUAGAGGGUAGAUAAGGCACAAACCAAUAUAUUCGUCAUCACAUGAAUUCCUCUCACGAGAUUAUCUCUGACUAAAUAUGUCCAUGAAUCAAUAAUGGGGGACGCCCCGAAGUUUAAAUGAUUCCAGAGAAUUAAAAUAUCCAUGUUAAUGAGAGUGUGUAUGAGUCGAAUGAUAGACCUUACACUUAUACUGACGAUAUAUUUACGGUUGCUCAAACGAAUAUAGAGCACGAUGAUAUCGAACCAUACUCUAUUGCAACAUGAAAGCAAUGAGAAUUUUGGCCUAAAAGCGUACAAGUAAUCCAGGUAUAAAUUUGAUAUUUGACAAAGAGACAGGUAUUUGGUGUGAUAGUGCUAAUCAACCAAGUGUAAAGCCUGUAGGACAUAAAUUAUUCUUUGUUAGAAAGCGUAUUGAGAUAAUGAGGUCCUAAUUAUUCUCAUUAUGCCCUGGAUUCAAAUAUGAAAAGUUACAUACACUUCUCUAUUUUGAACACAAAAAUGUUCAACUACUUAAUCUUUAAGUAACCUCCAAAGUAAUGGAGACGCAGCUAAAGAUUGGGGUCACCAAAUAAAUGUCUCAAUCUUACUUAAGAGCAGUUAUGUUUUUAUGAAGCACUUAUGUUUUUAUCAAGUGGUUUUUAAUAACAUUAUAUACGUUCACAUUUGGAUUAAAUCAAUCCAGACGGGAGUGACAUACCCGUCUAAGUGACCACUUGACUGAAAAAGGAUGCAAAAUGAAUAUAUUAUGCCUAGCACAUUUAUAAUGGAAAUAAGUUUUGUUUCCAAAUAUCACUGUAUCUCCAUGAUAUAGACAUAAUAUGUACUCAUAAUGGAACAUGAGACAUGUUAGAUACUUGAAAAUCAUAAUUGAGAUAAAGGAUAUUGGGAAACUUGGUUCUGUUUUGAAAUUAAACACCGAGUUGGUUGAAUACUAAUUCAUCAGUUGCAUAUAUCCAAAAGGGUUCUCAGGCAAAAUUGAUAUGGAUAAAUGUAAACUGUUAGCACUCCCAUGAUUGGUCGAAAUAUGGAUACUAGAAAAGUUCCAUUACUAAAAAGUUAUUGGGAGGAGAAAUUCCCUAUGUAAGUGCAAUAUGCGCAUGAUUGUACUUUGACCAACACAUUCGACCAAAUAUUACAUUCUCAAUAACGUGUUAGCUAAAAAUAGCUCAGGACCAACACAUCGUAUAUCGUCAUUGAAAUGGUAUCAAGAGUGUACUUUGAUAUCUAUAUGAAACCAUUGGAGUAAUCGUUAUUCAUCCCUUAUAAAUUGAAUUAAAUGAUUGAUGAUAACAAUAUUCCUAAAGGAAUUGAAAACAUCAAAAGUAUUACUCUAACACAAAAUAACGUGAUUUGAGUUUUACCGAUGAUAUGUAUCCCUUUACUAUAUCGAUAUUUUAUUAAUGAGUAUAUAUUUAUCAUGAAAGAAACCAUGAUGUUAUAUACGAAAUACCUUGAUAAAAGUAUAUAUCAAGUAAAUGUUAGAUUCUUAUUGAUGUGUUGCAUUCAGGGGGAGUAUUUACACACUUAUUUAUCAUCAAUUAUAUUAUAUUGGUGUGUUGUACUCUUUUUCCUUUUUAACCAAGGUCUAUUUUUUCCCAUUGGGUUUUGAUACUUGGUAAGGUUUUUUUGAGCCAACAUAAUAUGCACCAUCCCACACUUUAAUUUUGCAAAGGUAAAACUAUGUUGAAGGAAGAACAUAAUUAAUAUAUCGCAGUCAAAAGUAAUUGACGCGUGCUUAUUAGUGCAUCAUAUUUUUCCUUUGACCGAUGUUUAUUUUUCCCACUGGGUUUUGUUCAUUGGCAACAGGUUUAACAAGUUAAUAAUUUUAACAAGUUAAUAAUUUUAACAUUAAUCACCUUACACUCGGCACACAGGGGGAGAAUUAAAGGAAUUAUAUUCCUCUAUUUGUGUGCCUUCGCUAAGGUAAGUAAUGUGACAAGUAUUGGAAUUCAUGAACUUUCCAAACAUCCUUGAUUAAUGUAACUAUUAAGGAUAUGUGUAGACUAGAGGGGGAGUUCCCCAUCUACAUUACGUUACACUCUUUUCCUUUAACCAAGUUUUAUUUUUCCCAUCGGGUUUUGUUACUUGGUAAGGUUUUUGAUGAGGUAACAAUACAUAUACGCUUUAUUGAUCAUAGCAAGGAUCAAAUAAAGACAGACUUAAUGGAAGAAGUCUAUCGUGAUGCUAUACUCUUUUUUCCCAUAGGGUUUUUGUUACUUAACAGAGGUUUUGACGAGACAACAAGACAGAUACCAAAUUCUAUUCAACUCAGCACAAGGGGGAGUGUUGAAGGAAAUUCUAUGUAGUGUGCUAUCGUUUAUAUAGAAUAUGUAUUAGGGUCAUUUCUAUGUAAACUAUGUAAUGUGGACCUAUUGGCCCGUACUUGUAAACCCUACUCUAUCCUUAUUUAUAGGGGCAUUCGGUAAUGAAACUCUACGAACAAUUCUCCCUACAACAAAAAAGUGAUUUUGAAAAGCUAUUGUUAAAAGUGAUUAAUGAUAAAAGUUGGGAGUGUUUGAGAAUAGAAGUGAUUAAAAUGAAAAGGUUAAAGUUGGAGUGUUAGGUAAAAAAGUGAUUGUGAGAUUAUAUUUUUUUGAAUGUACAAAAAUAUUCCUUCCCUGUAUAUAUCAGCUCACCUUCCUCUCUCUCGAUCAAAUACUCCCUCCCGAUAACCUAACGCACGGUUCUCCUCCUCCAGAGCUCCUUCAUUCAGUUUUUUCGAUUCAGGUAAGAAUAUAAUAUCUCCAGAGCUCUUUCUAUUAUAUCUACAGCUCUAUUUUUGUACGUGAAUCCCUCAGUUACCUUCUUAUUGGGUUAAUAUGAUGUGCUCAGUUCAUAAUGAUUUGGGUUAAUCAACUUUUAUCGCUGGAAGCAAUGAGCACAGCCUUUCAGUUACAACAAAUAAUUUGGGUUUUCUGUUACCUUCUUGUAUCCUUCCUUGUACCCUUAGCAAUCUGCACCCUGGAAGAACUUGUAUGUAGAUGAGUUGACUUUGAGUUGCAACAUGUUAAUAUAUGGGGUGUAAUCUGGUAGUUGAUUUCAUUUCACGCGUAUUGCUUCUUUGCAAUUUUAAUUUAAACAAAAAAAAAAACCAUGAAUGAGUGAUCGAAUGUGGUGUCCAGAUUUACAGUUUAUCUUAGAAUCCUACAUCAUAGAAUUAGUGAUAGUAUAAUGAGUUAAUAAUACCUUGAUUGAACUAGCUACUGUAUUAGAUUUAAUACCUUUGUUCCACCCAAACUUGUAAGUGUAGCUGCUUUAUUUCAAGUUUUAGUUUCAAUAUGCAAGUGGCCAACCGGUUAGGUUCAAAAUGCUCUGGUUGUCCACAGGGGGGGUAAGAGUCCCCAUCGGAAAAUUAAUGAAAAAACAAUGGGUUAGACCUCGAGUUGAAUUAGCAUAUAGAUCUGCUUCACUUUUUAGUGCGGUUUGAUCAAGUACCACAGGGGGUUGCACAUCAUAUUAACCCAACUCACAUUAUAUCACAUCAAGAAACCCAACUCAUUAACUGAUGUAACCCAAAUCAAUUAACUGCUUGACAAAUUCACAUUAUGCAUUUUUUCAAAAAGGUUUGUAAAGAGUAGUACAAAUCUCUGUAAAGGUUUGUAAAGAGUAGUACAAAUCAUUAACUGCUGUAACCCAAAAAGGUUUAUAUCACAAAAUCUUAUUGGCUUUCUCUGUAUGUACAAAUCUCAAAUUGUACAUAAAUUAUGCUUGUUCAUUAGGUAUCAAAAAUGGCAAAGAUGGGUGCUCUCAAAGUCGAUGAAAUGUUUGAGAUGUACUCGUGGACCACUAGCGAGGAGAAGUUUCUACUUGAUCAAAUGAUGGUUUUGAAGAAGAACAAAAGUGGUUUGAUGGUAGCACUUUUAGGACGGAUGUUUUGACAGAGAUUGUUUCAAUGCUUAUAAAAGAAUUUGGGAAACCAUUCACUUUGGAGAAAGUGAAAAGAAAAAGCAUUUCAUUUAGGAGUAGGUUCCACUUGGUGCAUGCUUUGAUGUGUUGGCCUGGUGUGAAUCUUGACGUAAGCACAAAAGUGUCAUGCGCGCUUCCUUCCCAUCCGGGUAAAACAAAAGUGAAGCACAUAUCAAAGUCACACGUCACCAUCACAUUUUGUGUUGGGUAGCCUUUCCUACCAAUAAAUGGAAUUUGUUGGUCAACUUUAAUUCUUGCUUCAACGUGAGUACCAUCUAUAGCGCCAAUGCAGUCCUGCGCACCAUUAAAUAUUCAACAAUAAUUCAUGCGGUUGCUCAUUGUGUUAAUUUUUUAUGUAUAAUUUACCUUAAAGUGAGGCCAAUAUCUUGGAUGACCUUGAAUAUAUGGAUUUGGAGCAAGGUUAUCAGAAAAUGGCCUAACCCAAUCAAUUGACAUCUUGGUGGUGGCCUUUAGUACAUUGUGAAAUGAUCGGCUAAUGGUAAAACUGGAUCGUUGGAACAUCUCUUGAAGUUGUCGGUUUCCUUCACCAACUCCAACAACCAUCAUAAAAGUGGCUACUUCUUCCUCAACGGGGACACCUCUUGUGCUCUUUAAUCCAUAAUUAUUGACUAAUAGUGCACACAAUUCAAAGAACACCUCUUUAUGCAUGUGAAAAUGGUUAUGACACCGAUUUGGAUGUCCAUUUAGUAUGUCCAUUAAUGCAGCAAAUCCACUAUAUCGUCUAUCAUAACAAGGCGUCUUUUGUAGAUACUUGUUGUAAUAUAUAGAAGCUCCUAUUGCAAUAGCACCUAUGUAAUUUUUUUUCCUCUUCGCA